AUGGUAAAAGCACAAGAAUUUAUAGAAAGAAAAUUUUAUAAACAUGUUAACGAAAUCAUUUCUUUGAAAGAUGAUUUAGAAGGACAUUUAGAUUUAUCAGAAUAUCCUAAUUUAACAAAAAUAGACUUUGGAUACAACUCUCGGCUAACGAGUUUAAAACUUACUCACUCGAACCGAAUUACUUGGAUGAGCCUUCCUGAUACCGGAAUUGAUAAUUUUAAUUUUAUGGCUGAAACGCCUAACAUACAUACAAUAUGCCUCCCUAUAACUGAAGGAGUUUCUAAUUAUGAUUAUAUUGCCAAAGCUCUUCGAGAAACAAUUGAAUCAGAAAAUCCAAACUCAACUAGAUCAAGAAAUAAUGACAAUUCUCAAAGGAUUAAAGAGUUAGAACAACUGUUCGCUAUUGUCCAAGAAGAAAAUCAAUCAUUACAAGGCCAAAUCCAACAGAAACAACAAGAUAUUAGUGAUCAACAAAGUCAGAUAAACGAAUUGUCCAAUAUAUCCUUUCCUAAUAAUCCAUAUAAUUUCAUUAAACUCAAACAAGACAUUAGUCGACUUAAAAUCCAAGAAUUAGCGCCGCAAGUAAGAAAUGAAAGCACGAAAUUGGUUGAGUUAAUUACAAAAGCUAAAAGCAAAGCGGGCAAUUUUUCUUCCAUAGUUGAUUUAACCUUAGAAACCCAAAAGCAAAUUGUAAAAAACAACGAAACUCCCCAGCAAUAUAUAUUAAGUGGAAAAAUGGAAGCUUACCAAACCAUUCUUUCAAGUAAUUUAGUUGAUGAAGAGCUACAAAAUAUCUUAAACAAACAAACAGAAGUACUAGAUUUAGAAGAGCAUUUGGAAAGCUUACGACAGAAUCUGAACAAAUAA